AUGGUAAUUACUCUCCUGGCCCUGGAAAUCUUCUUCCCCGCCUUUUCCAUCCAAUUCGAAUCCGCAGGGGUCUACCACGUCGGCACGCCCACUGAGCAGAUGCUUGUCUCAUUCGAAGAACUUCUCGCCUUUCACGCGGGCAUCGUCGGUCUCCUCGAGUAUGGGCACGGAUGGCGAGUCAUAAAGGCAGUCAUUCGACGGCUUCUAGCACGGCUUCGCUGGCAAGCUAUGGACAGUCCGUACUCAAUAUAUAUUGAUAGUUCCGGCCCAGUAUAUUACGUUAUCACCAACGGAGAGGAUGCAAUCCGCAUUACAGGACAGGAGCUGGGCUCGUCACUGUUCGGACGGGAGAUCAAGAAGCAGUGGGAUCGGGGAAUGGUGAAACCGAGAUGUUUAGGAGCCACAUAUCUGAUCCUGAGGGCCUUUGUGUGCGGGGUGUGGAAUAAUUUGGCAUAUUAUAAGCGGUGGAAGAAGGUUGCAGCCUUGUAA